AUGGCAGACCAGCUCGACCUUGACUACUCGGACCUCGAGCAGCAGUUCACCGCCGAGUACGUCUCGCCCCUCGACUCGGUCGUCAUCCUCGAUGGCGCUCCCCUCGUCGGCCAGGACAAGGUCGACCGCCUCGUAAAGGCCGUCCUCAAGGCCGUCUCCAAGGAGGCCGGUCUGUCACUCUCGCCCGACCAGGUCGAGAUGCCCCUCGACGACACCAACACGACAAAGGGCUUCAUGUUCGUCUCGCUCGCCUCGCCCACCGAGGCCCAGCAGUUCCACCGCGCCCUCCACGGUCACGCCUUCGACAAGCGCCACACCUUUACCGUCGUCCCCUUCACCGACGUCGACUCGUACGCCAACCUCGACCACGAGUACCGCGCUCCCGAAAAGGAGGACUGGGCACCUCGCGAGCACUUCCGCGCAUGGCUCGCCGACCCGGCCGGCCGCGACCAGCUCAUCCUGUACUCGGGCGACGACCUGAGCGUCCAGUGGGCCGCCAAGCAGGGUGUCGCCGACGUCGCCCACCAGCGCAACAAAUGGACCGACCUGUUCACCCAGUGGUCGCCGCAGGGCACCUACCUCACGACGAUCCACCUUCAGGGCGUCGCCCUGUGGGGCGGCGCCUCGUUCGACCGCAUCAACCGCUUCGCCCAUCCCGAGGUCAAGCUCGUCGACUUUUCGUCGUACGAGCGCUACCUCGUCACCUGGUCGCCGCGCCCGAUCGAGGCGACGGGCUCGCCCAUGUCGCCGUUCACCGACGACGACGUCGGCAACAACGUCGCCGUGUGGGACGUCGUCACGGGCGCGCUCGUGCGCACGUUCCCCAUGGUGGGCGCCGCCGCCGACCCGGCCAACGACGCGAGCAAGCGCAUCGUGUGGCCCAUGUUCAAGUGGUCGCCCGACGAGAAGUACGCGGCGCGCGUCACGCCCGGCCAGCAGAUCUCGGUCUACGAGACGCCGUCCUUGACGAUGCUCGGCAAGAAGAGCAUCAAGAUCGAGGGCGUCGUCGACUUUGAGUGGGCGCCGCUCAACGACCAGGAGCGCGAGGCGCUCGAGGCCGAGCGCAACGGGUCGGCCGCGCCCGGCUCGAGCCACCGCGAGAACAAGCUCGCGUUUUGGAUGCCCGAGGUCAUGAACCAGCCGGCGCGCGUGUCGCUCAUGAGCCUCCCGAGCCGCGCCAUCAUCCGGUCCAAGAACCUGUUCAACGUGCACGACUGCAAGCUCCACUGGCAGUCGAACGGCGACUACCUGUGCGUCAAGGUCGACCGCCACACCAAGACGGGCAAGACCAAGUACUGCAACCUCGAGCUGUUCCGCCUGCGCGAGAAGGAGGUGCCCGUCCAGGUCAUCGAGAUCAAGGACGCCGUCGUCGCGUUCGCGUGGGAGCCGGCCGGUUCGCGCUUCGCCCUCAUCACGUCCAACGACCCCAACCUCGGCAACCCGCUGCCCGGCCAGAUGCCCAAGACGGCCCUGUCGUUCUACGCCUACGACCAGCGCAAGGGCGACUUUUUGCCGCUCAAGACGUUCUCGGACAACAAGUCGUGCAACAACCUGUUCUGGUCGCCCAAGGGCCGCAACGUGCUCGCCGCCACGCUCGGGUCCAACUCCAAGUUCGACCUCGAGUGGUACGACCUCGACCUCGACAAGCCCGAGGGCGCCGCCGCCCAGAGCGAGCACAACGCGGCCGACGCCAUCCGGUGCCUCGUCACGCGUGAGCCGUACGGCACGACCGACAUCGAGUGGGACCCGUCCGGUCGCUACGUCGCCACCUACGGCUCGUCGUGGAUGGGCUCGAUGGAGCCCGGGUUCGCCAUCUGGGACUUCAAGGGCGAGCCGAUCCAGGAGGCCAAGGUGGACCGGUUCAAGCAGCUCCUGUGGCGCCCGCGCCCGCCGACGCUCCUCUCGCGCGAGCAGCAGCGCAAGGUGCGCAAGAACUUGCGCGAGUACGCGCGCGCGUUCGACGAGCAGGACGAGCUCGAGCAGGCCAACGAGAACAGCGAGCUCGUCGAGCGCCGCACGCGCCUCCUCGACGAGUGGAACGCGUGGCGCCGCGAGUGCGUCGAGGCCAUGGAGCGCAGGCGCAAGGAGAUGGGUCGCGCCGUCAAGUCGAGCUUGCUCAAGGCGGCAGAGGCCCAGCAGGAGGACGAGGUCGUCGAGGAGUGGGUCGAGGAGGUCAUCUCGGAGACGGUCGAGGUCCUCGCCGAGUAGAUAGAGAGUCGGUCGCGCAGAGCAGGUCCUUGCAUUGUCACCAGCUGUCUUCCUCGGGUCCUCCC